CAGGCGCGCAUCAAGAAGACCGUGAUCAACGAAGACAACGAAGAGGAUGGCUGCUCUUUGGCACAAAAACAGAAAAUCUCCUUCCUCGAAAACAAUCUCGACCAGUUGACAAAGGUGCAUAAGCAAUUGGUGCGUGACAAUGCUGAUUUGCGCUGUGAACUGCCAAAACUGGAGAAGCGUCUGCGCACCACCAUGGAGCGUGUCAAGGCGUUAGAAUCGGCGUUGAAGGAGGCGAAAGAAGGUGCGAUGCGCGACCGCAAACGUUACCAAUACGAAGUGGAUCGCAUCAAGGAAGCGGUGCGGCAAAAGCAUCUCGGACGCCGUGGUCCCCAGGCACAAAUCGCCAAGCCCAUACGCGCCGGACAGGGCAACAUUGCCAUUCGCGGUGGCGGCGGCAAUGCAAUUGGCGGCCAAUUGCCGCAGGCAAGUGCUGUUAACUCAUAAAGCGAUUAAUGUAUUUGCAAAUACUACUACAUUUUAAAGUAAAACCAUUUGCAAUUUUCCAAUGAAUGAUGCAAGCCAGAAAUAAAGUGCGAGAGGAUAGAAGAUGUUUGAGAGGUGGAAGGGAGGGAUAAGUUUUUAAGAAUUUGCGGCGGAGUAGCAUGCGUGCCGUGGCGGAUUUGGAAAAGAGAAGGGAUUAGAAAAGUUGAAAUGCAUUGAAGCGAGCCAAAUGCUUAGCAACAAUUAUAGGAAUGUAGAAGCAUAUAAAAAUGAUUAAACAUUUCUAUUUAGAGAAAACAAAAUAAUUAUUUAUUUUACAUGAAAACCAUAAUAAUGAAUUGUAAUACAAGAAAACUAAUGAUAUAAAAUAUAAUUUUAAACCAUACAGAAUAUGAAGAAAAUUUAAAUGAAAAAAAAAA